GUUCUUCACAAUCAUACAGCACUUUCGACAGCACAGUUUUGAAAAUGGCCAAUAAGCGCAAGCUCAAUGAACAUGAUGUUCCGGAGGAGACCUCAUCCCAACCAGCAAAGCGCAGAGCCAGCGACGCAUCAGAGAUUGAUGAACCUACUGCGACGUCGAAGCCUAUCACCGCGCCCGCUGCGUCUUUCGCCGAAUUCGAACUCGAGCCGCGACUGUUAAGGGGUAUCAGAGACCAGAAGUGGAGCUCGCCGACUGCUGUACAAUCGAAAGCCAUCCCUCUUGCGCUGCAAGGUCGUGAUAUUCUGGCUCGCAGUGGCACAGGCACAGGAAAGACAGCAGCGUAUCUGCUUCCAGUCCUCCACAAUACCUUGAGGCGGAAAGGAAAGACUUCACUGAUCCUGGUACCUACCAAGGAAUUGGCGCUUCAGAUUACCAAGGUUGCUAAAGCACUGUCGACACACUGCGGGCAAGAGAUCCGUAUACAGAAUAUUGCAGGAAAGGAAUCAGAGGUCGUCACCAAGGCAAAGCUUGCAGACAACCCGGAAGUCGUCGUUGCGACCCCUGCUCGAGCGAAUGCGAACAUCAACAACGGCGCGCUGUCGGUGGCAGAGUUGGCGCACCUGGUGGUCGAUGAAGGAGAUCUGGUCAUGGGUUACGGCUUCAAGGAGGACCUCGACCAGAUUGCACAAAACAUACCCAAGGGCGUUCAGAUCUUCCUGAUGUCAGCGACCCUCAACACCGAAGUCGAGUCGCUUGGGAGCCUACUGUGUACCGAUCCAGUCGUGCUGAAAUUGGACGAUGCAGACAAGGAUGCGCAGAAGGUCAAGCAAUAUGUCAUCAAGUGCGCAGAGGAGGAAAAGUUCUUGCUGAUCUACGCUAUGUUCAAGCUCAGGCUGAUCAAGGGCAAGACGAUCGCCUUCGUCGGCGACACCGACCGCUCAUACCGUGUUAAGCUGUUUCUCGAGCAGUUCGGUAUUAAAUCCUGCGUCUUGAACUCGGAGCUGCCGUUGGCCUCACGCUUGCACAUCGUCGAAGAGUUCAACAAGAAUAUCUACAACAUCCUCAUCGCAUCAGACGAGACCGAAAUAUUUGGUUCGAGGAAGAAGGAUGAAGAGCGCCCAAAGAAGAAGUCCAAGAUAGAGAAGAAGGCCGCAGACACCGAUUCUGGGGUCUCUCGUGGUAUCGACUUCCUCAACGUCGCCUGCGUUCUCAACUUCGAUUUUCCCAUCUCGUACAAGUCCUACUUCCACCGAAUCGGCCGAACAGCGCGCGCUGGCAAGAGCGGCACAGCCAUCUCGUUCAUCAUCCCUAAAGACAAGUACCGCAAGCACAAGCCAACAACGUUCUCCGCCUGCGAGAACGACGAAGAGGUUUUGGAGAAGGUCGAGAAGCACCAGAAGGACGGACAGAAGGUGGAGGACUACAAGUUCGAUAUGAAACGUCUGGAGCCAUUCAGGUACCGUUUUGGUGAUGCCCUGCGGUCGGUUACAAGGAUUGCGAUCCGUGAGGCACGGAUCAAGGAGAUCAGGAUGGAGCUGUCGAAGUCACAGAAGCUCUCCCGCUACUUCGAAGAGAACCCAGAAGCGCUCGCGCAUCUCCGUCACGACCAGACCCUCAACCAUCCCGCACGCAUCCAACCACAUCUCAAGCACAUUCCAGACUACUUGUUACCUGGAGGAAGGAAACCGGAAGACGUUGGCUUUGUGGGGCUGAACAUGCCUAAGCCAGGGAGCAGGAAAUAUGUCAAGGGCCGAGGAAGAAAGGUCGUGCGCAGCAGGAAUGGCAAGGUUGAUCCGUUGAAGACAUUCAACGCGAGAGGGAAAGGCAGGAAAUAGGUUCCCACACAGGAUUGGUUUGCAGAGAACUCGUCCACCUCUUAUCAAUUACCCGCCGCUUCCCCUUCAUCGAUCCAAUACUGUAACAAGCUCGACCUAAAUUCAGAUGUCACCAUACCGACAUCGAUCACUGCGUGACUCUGAGCAAUACGAGUUGUCUGCAAAGCUGAC